AUGCUUGUGAUCGAGGAGUGCAGGCAGAAUCUCAAUCUCUCAGGAGAGAUGUGUCCCGCAACAGCGGCACUCAUAGUCGAGGUAGUCGCCUGUGACAAGCCCAAGGGGGGUAUUUUUCAGGAACAAGAAACUGAACUUGCUGAGCUGGCAAAUGGUAACGAGAGUUCCGGUGGUAUUCAUCCCCGGUACAAGAAGACGUCAGGUAUGGCUCGAGAGGCAGACAACCAAACACGCAGCCCUGACCCGAUGUUCGCGGCCAGGCCUGGGUCCCUGGAAUAUAACUCGGAGGUUCUCAGCAGCCUACUAGAGACAAGCUACAAUAUACUCACACCACUAGAUACCCAGUACUACCCACUUCCGACGACAACCGACACAGCCCUUGCAACGCACGGAGGAAUCUCGCUGCUUUCAUACUUUUCUCUCAACUGGCGUGCAUUCGGAAACGCACAGUACCGUCAGAACGUGCCACAGUCAGUAAUAGAGCCGACGGUAGUGAAUAUGGCUGUCAUUAUGGCGGAACUGAUGACAUUCGCGAUCAGGAUCACACUAGAAACUGACUUGGUGCCGCUACCCCAGGGAGAUAUACAUUGGCCAGAAGCAAUGGUUGCAAGGCACGAUGAGCCGGGGCCUGCGAAGAGAUCAUAUCCUGCUGCUGUGGCAAGCCCUGGAACAGAGUUUGUGUAUAGCCCAAAGGAUAAACACACUGGCUGUGUGAAACAUAGAUAA